GAUCUGAGCCCAACGUUGGCUGCUACCGCGAGUUGGAAGCUUUAGCAGUUAACGUCGCUGCAGCAGAAUCCGAGUCCAGACCGAGUCCAGGUCCCGGUCCCGGGUCCAGCUUCCAGGUCCAGGUGCUCGUCUCCAGGUGCAUUCUUCCAGCAGAGGUCCCGGGUCCACAGCACGGCCGAGGAACCGUGGCCGCGGGUUUUGUCCGGCAGGAGCAGCUGCUGCUCCGCUAGCCCGCUAGCCCGCUAGCCUCUAACCAGGAAGGAGGCGGACCAGCGGGACCAGAACCACAACCAGAACCCCAGGAGUCCAGGAAUAUUCGUCCCGGCCUGAGUGCAGACAUGUCGAAGGCUCUGGAUUCUCCGUCUCGACCCCGGUCCAAAUCCAGAUCCAGGUCCAGGUCCUACUCCAGAUCCCGGUCUAGAAGCCACUCUCGCUCAAGGUCCAGGAAACGCCGCUACAGUUCCAGGUCCCGCUCCCGUUCCCGCUCUCACACGCCGCCCUACAGGAACUACCCCUCCCGGGACUAUCAGAACAACAGAGGGGGCUUCCGCGGCUACAACCGGGGCUACCGCCGGCCGUUCCACUACCGCGGCCGGAACAGGGGCUUCCACCCGCGCGGCGGCCACUACCAGAACCGAGGAGGCGGCUACGGCUACAAGUCCAACUGGCAGGGGGGCGGAGGAGGAGGAGGAGGCUGGCACGACCGCCACCACGACCAGGACCACCACAGCCCCCGCAGGGGCCGCUCCCGGGAGCGCUCCCGUACGCCCAGGAAGCGCUCGGUCAGCCGGAGCCGCUCCCGCUACUCCGACCGCUCGUCCUCGGGCCGAUCCCGGCGCUCCAGGCGCUCCAGCUACUCCUCCCGCUCCCGGUCCUCCUCCCCGCGCCGCCGCAGCAGCAAAGGCCGGCACGCCUCCAAGGACACGAAGGACAAGCAGCCAGACAGCAAGGUAGAGAAGUCGGCCACGGGAGCAGACGGCAGCGUCAUCGAGAAGGCGUCCGGAGGCAAGUGGAUCGACUACGACCGCAGCCCCAAGAGAGCCGCUUCGGACGCCAAGAAAGACGACUCUUCGGCCGGUUCUGACAGCAAAGCCGGCGGGAGCGGCGGCACUCUGUGGAAAACCGUCAGCUCCUCGUCCCCGCCGCCGAAGAGUCCCCCGACGUCCGGGCAGACGGCCUCCUUCUCCGGCUUCGGCUUCUUCUCAAAAGACGAACCCAAAGGUGGAGACAAGACGACCAUCUCUGCUGCCUUCAAAAAGUUCUUGGCUGAGAACAAAAGCAAAAAGCAGGCAGAGGAGAAGGAGGGCAGUCAUGAGAAGGAGCAGCUCUCCUCCGAUCGGCCGGAGAAAAGCUCCAAGUCUGCAGAGCUCUUCGCCUCGUCGGCCUCUUACGCCGAACCCAAGGAGGAAAAGACCGUGCCCUUCUUCGACGCCGGGGAAGAGGAGUUCCUCCGGUCACAGGGGCUGAAGGAGGACGCAGAGGUCAAAUCCACCCUCACCGCACGAGAUAUUUUCGGGAAGUGGAGCGACGAACCGAGCUACUCGAAAAGCCACAGAGACACCGAGGAGGAAGAGCCUGCGGAUCACAUGGAGGAAGAGGUGUACCGAGGCCGCAAACACUCCUCCAAGAAGGAGGAGAAGUCAAAGAAGAAGGAGAAGAAGGAGAAAGAGAAGGCCAGGAGGAGCGUGUCCCCCCCGACCACGUCCAGAGAGAAGGAGCCGCCGCUAUUCCCGGGGGCCUUCUCUGCUCUGCAGCAGUCGCCCGGACGACGGCUGUCUGCGUCCAGGGAGGACUUUGAGCUCAAAGUCAGUUCUGUAGACGAAAUGCCCAGCUCCUCUCUGUCUAAAGAGCGCCUCGUGCCUCGGGAUCUGAUCAACGCCUCCAAGAAAGAUCCGGAGUUCCGCUCCAUUUUCCAGCACAUUCAGUCGUCGCAGCUGCGGCGCAGCCCGUCCGAGCUGUUCGCCCAGCACAUCGUCUCCAUCGUGCACUACAUCAAAGCUCAACACUUCCAGUCGUCAGAUAUGACUCUAAGUGAGCGGUUUGCCAUGUACCAAAGAAAAGCUGCAGAGGCAGAAAUGAUGAAGCCAAGGAAGAGCCCAGAAAUCCACAGGAGAAUCGAUGUUUCCCCCAGUGCCUUUAAGAGGCACUCUCACCUGUUUGAGGAUUUGGAGGACACCGGCUACAAGGACGCCAGUAAAAAGUUUAAAGGCGAGGUGCUGGACCUUCGCUUGGAUAUUGAAAGACGAAAGAAGUUUGCUGGGAAGGAGCGCGACUACAAGCGCGAAGCGGCCAGGAGCCCGGGCGGCUCCCGAGGACCCAGCAGGGAGCAGUCCUCUGAGAAAUCUGGGAAGCACCACAAGAAGUCAAAGAAGGGGAAGAAGAAGCGGGAUCGCUCUCCGUCCUCCUCUUCCUCCUCCUCCUCCCCGUCCCCGUACCCUCCGCCCUUCAGGGGUAAAGAGUUCAUGGGGGAGGGGGCGGAGCACGUGGAGGAGGGAUACAACCACCCACGCUACCCUCCACGGGACUUCGGAGGGCCCCGAGAAUACGAGGGCCACGCCACCGAGAGAGGAAGAGGCCGCGGAUUUUUCCCCAGAGUCAGAGGAAGAGGCUGGAACCGAGGAAACUAUCCCGGCAACAGCAACGGGAACCCGGCCAACAUGAACCCUCCGGUGCGCCCCCCGGAGGAGGAGUGGGACCCGGAGUACACCCCCAAGAGCAGGAAGUACUACCUGCACGACGACCGUGAUGGAGAGAAGAGCUGGGGCGACAACCGCGGCCGUGGCCGGGGCUCGUUCCCGGCGCGCCGCGGCCGCUUCGUCUACCGGAAGGGAGGCAGCAGCCCCAAGUGGACCCACGACAUGUUCCAGGGAGCGGAGGAGGGCGAGCUGGGGGACGACAGCCUGGACGCGGAGCAUAAGGAAGCCAAGAGCGUCGGAGACGGCCCGUCCCCGAAGCCGUGAGGGCCUCGCCCGCGUCCGUCUCAUCCGUCUCCCAUCGUCUCUUCAUUUAACGGUUUCGCUGUGUUUGAGUUUAGUCAGAAACAGUACGAGCAGCUGUGUUUUUAUGUUUGACAUGUUUUAAAGUGAAGCUAUCAGCAGCGAGUGAAAGGUUCGUCUUCUCGGAGGGAAAGCGUCUGUGCCUUAGGAAGGAAGGAGCCAGAGCGAGACCUGAAGGUUCCCGUUCUCGUUCCUCCAGCUCAUCUGUUCCUGCAUGAAGUCUGAUUCUGUUUCCAUGGGACCAAUGAAGCCAACGUCCGACACGAGCGUUAGUCCAGUCCUUGUGUGUGUGUGUGUGUGUGUGUGUGUGUGUGUGAGAUCAGAUUUGCUCUAAACAAACAUCCAGUUUAGACACAGACGUCUUGAGUCGCGACGGUUGUGGGAAGUUAGACGUAUUUGAUCGUAACGCUGCAGUUUUAAGCUGAAACUGAAUCCCGAAGGUUUAGUUGAAGUUAGAAGUCGACAGAAACGCUUUUGUGAUUCUUAACGCUGUUUUCUGUUGGAAGAUGAAAACUUUUUUACUGUUCUGGAGCUUUCAACCUGCUGUCGUCUCAUUUUCAAUAAACUCUCCUUUGAUUGUGAGUGUUUGUAUUAAAGUUCAGAAGAUGUGAAGCGGACCAACAUCAGUUUUUUCUUCCUGCUCUUUAACUCUGACCUUCAUCACCUUCAUCCUAAAACCACAAACUUUACUUUCUAGUAAUAACUCAAGUUUGUCUUUAAAAUAAUUUUAGAUUUGGAUGGUUGCUAGAAGGAUCUGUAACUGAAGUGGACUCCUGUUUAGUUCUCAUCUGAGACGUGGAAACUAGUUUUAGAAUUAAUUCAUUACUUGUAAUAAACAUCAGAACACACUGAAUUGUUUUAAAGUUUUUGACACUAUCAACAUUUGGUUUUGAAGACUUUUUUUCUGUGAUGCUGUUAAAACUCUUUAAUACAGUUAUUUGUAAUAAAGUCAAACGUGGCGUUUAAUGUGGAUGUAGUGUCCAGAUGAACAUC